UUAGCUUUGUCGGUUUCCUUUCUCCAUUCCUAGUUCUUCCCACCUCUCUCUCUCUCUCUCUCUCUCUCUCUCUCUCCACCAUCAUCACUCACAUUCUGCUAGUGCCCCAUUAUAAAACCUUCAACCUUUGACCUUUUUCAUUCACUCUUUCCCCUUUUUGUUAACAUUCCCUCUUCCAUUGUUUUCUGGGUAUCUCUUGUUUCUGUCUCUGAAUUCUGUUUUCUUCAGUUUCUGGUUGGCUUUCUCUGUCAUGGAUCUCUGUGCAUUUGCUUGUCCUGCCUUUGUGAACCGAGUCACACCUUCUGAGCCUCGAAGAUUACUUCAUUCUCAAUGGGGUGUUGAUUUGCUCAGCCUCUCUCAGCUCAGACACUACCAGGUGAAGAAAAAGUGUGGUGGUGGGGUUUAUGCUUCACUAUCAGAGAGGGGGGAGUAUUAUUCUCAAAGACCGCCAACUCCGUUACUGGACACCAUAAAUUAUCCAAUUCAUAUGAAAAAUCUCUCUGCCAAGGAGCUGAAACAACUAGCGGAGGAACUGCGUUCUGAUGUUAUUUUCAGUGUUUCUAGAACUGGGGGUCAUUUGGGCUCAAGCCUUGGUGUUGUGGAACUCACUGUUGCCCUACACUAUGUCUUCAAUGCCCCUCAGGACAAGAUACUGUGGGAUGUUGGUCACCAGUCAUAUCCACAUAAAAUACUCACUGGUAGAAGGGGUAAGAUGCAUACCUUGAGACAGACUGAUGGAUUAUCUGGGUUUACAAAACGCUCUGAGAGUGAAUUUGAUUGUUUUGGAACUGGUCACAGCUCAACAACUAUUUCAGCUGGACUUGGAAUGGCUGUUGGAAGAGAUCUGAAGGGAAAAAAGAAUAACGUAAUUGCUGUUAUUGGUGAUGGGGCCAUGACAGCAGGGCAAGCUUAUGAAGCUAUGAAUAAUGCUGGAUAUCUCGAUUCUGACAUGAUUGUUAUUCUAAAUGACAACAAACAGGUCUCUCUGCCGACUGCUAAUCUUGAUGGACCGAUACCACCGGUAGGAGCUUUGAGCAGUGCACUCAGUAGAUUACAAUCAAACAGACCACUUAGAGAACUCAGAGAGGUCGCCAAGGGGUUAACGAAACAAAUUGGAGGGCCUAUGCAUGAAUUGGCCGCAAAGGUUGAUGAAUAUGCUCGUGGCAUGAUCAGUGGUUCUGGAUCAUCACUUUUUGAAGAGCUUGGACUUUACUAUAUUGGUCCUGUUAACGGUCAUAACAUAGAUGAUCUUGUUGCCAUUCUCAAUGAAGUUAAAAGUACCCAAACAACUGGUCCUGUUUUAAUUCAUGUUAUCACAGAAAAAGGCCGGGGAUACCCAUAUGCAGAGAAAGCAGCAGACAAGUACCAUGGAGUUACCAAGUUUGACCCAACAACUGGAAAGCAAUUCAAAGCCAAGGCUACCACCCAGUCCUACACAACAUACUUUGCAGAGGCUUUAAUUGCAGAAGCUGAAGCUGACAAAGACAUUGUUGCAAUCCAUGCUGCAAUGGGAGGUGGAACUGGCAUGAAUCUCUUCCUCCGCCGUUUCCCAACAAGAUGCUUUGAUGUGGGGAUAGCGGAACAGCAUGCUGUUACAUUUGCUGCAGGUCUAGCUUGUGAAGGUGUUAAGCCUUUCUGUGCCAUUUACUCAUCAUUCAUGCAGAGGGCUUAUGACCAGGUGGUGCAUGAUGUAGAUCUGCAGAAGCUGCCUGUAAGAUUUGCAAUGGACAGAGCUGGAUUAGUUGGAGCAGACGGUCCCACGCAUUGUGGUGCUUUUGAUGUCACUUUUAUGGCAUGCCUCCCUAACAUGGUGGUGAUGGCUCCUUCUGAUGAAGCAGAGCUUUUCCACAUGGUUGCCACUGCAGCAGCCAUUGACGAUCGACCGAGUUGUUUCCGGUACCCAAGGGGAAACGGCAUUGGUGUUGAACUACCAAAAGGGAACAAAGGCAUUCCUCUUGAGGUUGGAAAAGGUAGGAUACUUAUUGAAGGAGAAAGAGUGGCCCUGUUGGGCUAUGGAAGUGCUGUUCAGAACUGUUUGGCUGCAGCUUCCUUAGUGGAACGUCAUGGCUUACGCAUAACCGUUGCCGAUGCACGAUUCUGCAAGCCAUUGGAUCGGUCCCUGAUUCGCAGCCUGGCAAAAUCACAUGAGGUUCUGAUCACAGUAGAAGAAGGAUCAAUUGGAGGAUUUGGUUCUCAUGUUGCUCAGUUCAUGGCCCUUGAUGGCCUUCUAGAUGGAAAAUUGAAGUGGAGGCCAGUGGUUCUUCCAGAUCGAUAUAUUGAGCAUGGGUCGCCUAAUGAUCAAUUGUCUUCAGCUGGUCUUGCACCAUCUCACAUAGCAGCAACUGUGUUCAACAUUCUUGGACAGACAAGAGAGGCACUAGAAGUCAUGUCAUGAAAGAUAAUGUAGUGUAGGGGGUUCAAAUUUUCAGUCCCCACAAUGUACAAAGAAAUCAUGAUUCACCUUGUGUAAUUUGAAGAAGUAACAUAUUGAUGUAAAUUUAUUUGAGUGGAUCAUGCAGGCUUUCAAAUUAUCAAA